GCAGUGAGCGCGGGCGCGAGAUUGGCUAUCGAAGAGUGUCAACACCAGUUUCGGUCAGCCAGAUGGAACUGCUCCAUCAGCUCGGAAAAUCCGGACAAUAUUUUCGGUGGCGUGAUGCUAGUCAAAUGGAAGAAACUUGUGCUACAAUGGAGAAAUUCCGGUGCAUCUUUACAGAUAGUCGCGAAGCAGCGUUCGUUUACGCAAUAUCGGCAGCAGGGGUUGCUUACAGCGUCACCAGAGCCUGUUCCAGGGGCGAACUCACCGAUUGCUCUUGCGACAACCGAGUCAGAACACGCCACCCGAAUAAUUGGCAAUGGGGCGGCUGCAGCGAGGACAUCCAUUUCGGAGAGAAGUUCUCGCGAGAGUGGUCCGACAGUGGCGAGGAACCCGUGAAGGAGGGUGUGCUUCACGGACCAAAAGGGCUGGCUGGCCAGCUGAUGAGGAAGCACGAUAGUGAAGCUGGCAGGCGCGCGGUCCGCUCAAGAAUGCAACGUGUGUGCAAGUGUCACGGUAUGUCCGGAUCAUGCAGCGUACGCGUGUGUUGGAGAAGACUUCCAGCAUUCAGAGUAGCUGGAGCAGCUUUAGCUGCGUUACACGAAGGCGCAGCGUUAGUUCGAUUGGCACAACGUGGAGGAAGAAGACCAGCGAGAUUAAGGCCUGCUCGUCCGGAUCUCAAACGACCUAAUAAAACGGACCUAGUGUACCUUGAAGAUAGUCCUGACUACUGCGAGAAAAAUAUCACACUCGGUAUCCCCGGGACAAGAGGAAGGAUAUGCAAUCGGACGUCCCUCGGUUUGGACGGAUGUCGGUUACUAUGCUGCGGUCGAGGCUACCAGACGAGAGUCCGGGACGUGACCGAGAAGUGCAACUGUCGAUUCGUCUGGUGUUGUCAUGUGAAAUGUGAGCUGUGUCGACACACACGAGAAGAGCACGUGUGCAAUUAG